CGUCACUCUCGAUUAUUGGCUUGGUACAUAUUAUAUUUGGACAUUGAUAGGCUACAGAAUGCCACCCACCGCCUACGAAGUAUACAAGGAGCUCGAGCGGGAGGAUCGCUUUGCUCCCCAUGCGGGCUCAACCCAAGACUCCUCCUACACGACAUGGCGGGAGCGCGCCGCGACCCGUAACCUGCGCCGGGGCCUGGCCAUUAUCAUCGCGUGCUGGAUGUUCUAUUUCCUGUAUCUGAAUCGCUUAUACGCUGCAUCUAUUGCGAGGUCCUUUUCGAAUAAGCAGGAGGAGCUGACAAGUGGCACCGUCAAGAUCCCUUUGGAGGCGCAUAUCAUGAGCAAGUGUCCCGAUGCCCAAGACUGUCUGCAGCAACUUGUUGUGCCGGCCAUGGAAAGAAUCAGCGACAAGGUCGACUUUGAUUUAUCGUUUAUAGGAAGUAUCUCCAAGCAGACAUCCGACGUCGAGUGCAAACAUGGCCCAACUGAAUGCAUCGGCAACAUGAUCAUCCUUUGCGCGGCCAAUCUCCCAUUCCCACCCAACUCGCACGGCUCAUCCACCUCGCGUACCCCAGUGAUCCGCUCUCUCGGGUUUGCCAACUGCUUGAUCGGAGACUACGAACAAAUUCCAUCACGAUCUCUAGUGGAGAGCUGUGCGCUGGAGCAUGGAAUUGACUUUGAUGCCUUGAACGAGUGUGCCAGUCGUCAGGAUGACGGUUUGAACGACCCUGAAGACCCAACACCAGACGACCCAACCGGCAUUGCUUUGUUGCGAAAGAGCGUUCAGCACAGCGCAGACCUAGGCGUUACAAAGAGCUGUACCGUGAGGCUGGACGAGAAGGUUUGGUGUAUCCGGGACAAUGGGGAGUGGGCUGAUUGUCCCGGUGGAAGUGGCGAUGUGUCCGCCUUGGUUGGAGAGGUCGAAAGACUAUGGGCGCAAAGGAACCAAUAGCAUGGUUUUCUUUUCUCUCUUCUCCCACUACUACCUUAGUCAAUUCGAUAUAUCAUCGUUUGUUUCCUUCGCAGGCUACUUUUAGCUGCAUUAUCGUGGCAGCACUCGAACUUGAUACCUCUUGAUACCCCCUCGUUCUUUUUCUUGCGCAGACUCGCCAUUUACUGAAUGAAUUUACGUACUUAUAUAUCUCUCAUACCUUAUGCGCACUUAAUAUGAACAUAGGAUUUAUUAAAUGCAGCAUGAUUGAAGUCAGCUAUCCUUAUUAGAUUUGCUAAUGAAUCGUAAUUUGAGUG